GGAGCAGCCUGCAGGAGAGAGGCAGACAGGAAGAGGGAGGAGGCCACUUGGAGGUGGGGUUGAGAGAAGAAAAAAGGGGAGUAUUCUGUCUUCUCUGCCCUUCUGUGCUGCUGCAGCCCCCCCCCCUUCUUCUUCUCUCCACGAUUCUCUCUCUUUCCCCUUACUCAUCUGUUUCUGUAGCUGCGCUGAGAGGAAGGGCACCUGCCGCUCCCUGAUGAUUCAGCCUUUCAUCUUCGUGGAGCUCCUCUCAGACAGCAUGUCCCUCUUUCCUCUGCAGUGGCUGGCCGUCCCGUCUUCUGCUCUUCCUCCUCUGCUCUUCAUCCUCACCUCCACACCGACUUUAAAGUGCUCAGCUUCUAUUUAUAGAUUUCCUGUGGGACAGCAUGAGUGAGGAACUUGUGCGCAGAAGGCUGUCUUCCUACCUCCCAGACUGUUAACAAGCUCCCUCUUCAUACCUUACUGCCGCCUCAUGAUGGAAAACAUAGUCGAGGAGACCGGUGGCAGACACUGUGAUGCUCUGAGUUAAUAGUGUAGGUGUUCAGAGACCCAGAAGGAUGACCGAGGGAAUGGAGGACAUCUCUCCCCCUCCUGGACAGGCCUCCCCCACCAGCUCUACCGUUGACACUGGACAAGUCCCCGAGGAGAAACCAGAGGAGAAACCAGAGGAGACGGAGGCAGCUGGCGAGGCUGGGGAGGGUGCAGAGGGUGAUGGGGAACAUGUGGGGGCUUUGGGAGUUGUGGCCUUGCCUGGAUCCUGCUGUGUGUGCAUAGAGAUGGAACGGAUUAACAAUUGUCUGCACUCGGAGAAAAUCUGCAUCCUUCCCAUCCUGGCCUGUCUGCUGAGUUUAGCCCUCUGCACCGCCGGCCUCAAGUGGGUCUUUGUGGAUAAGAUCUUUGAGUACGAACCCCCCACACACUUAGAUCCCAAACCCAUCGGACAGGACCCCAUCAUCAUAUCUGUGACCCCCACGCUGGGACUGACUGUGUCCAUCCCUCACUCGUCGUCUACGUCUUUUGUCUCCUCGACCACGGCCAUUACCUCGGGACGUCCUGACGUUUUAAUGGAGGAGAAAUCCACACGAGGGCCGUACGUUUCCCCUCGAGUGACUCACGCUGAUGCCUCUGUGACUCUGAAAUACAGCGCAGAGCGGCCCACCCUCCCAAAGCUGACUCCCCUCCCUCGGACAACACAGGAGAGAAACGAUAUCUUCAUCCCAACUAAAUCUGCCGGCUCCACCACCACGACAGCAAAGACCUCCAGUCAUGUGACCCGCUGCAGUGACAAGCAGAGGAACUACUGUGUGAACGGAGGGGAGUGCUUCACCCUUGAGAUCAUGCCCGGCAGCACAAAGUUUCUUUGCAGGUGUCCAAAUGAAUUUACUGGUGAUCGCUGCCAAAACUAUGUAAUGGCCAGCUUUUACAAACAUCUUGGGAUUGAUUUUAUGGAAACGGAGGAGCUGUAUCAGAAACGCAUUAUAACAAUAACCGGGAUCUGCAUUGCACUCCUAGUCGUUGGAAUCAUGUGUGUGGUUGCCUACUGCAAAACAAAGAAGCGGAGGAAGGAGCUCCACGACCGUGUGAGGCAGAGUCUGAGGAAAAAGAGAAACAACAAUAGCAAUAAAGGUGUCGACCCCAACAUGGCAAGUUCAGCCAGAGGAGGUCCGACUUCUAACUUGCCUCUUCAGGAUUUGCAGCUCAUCAAUCAAAGUAAAGGGAAGACUGCUCAGCAUGCAGCCGAGGGGGGAACAGAAACUACCUUCUCCACAAGCCAAAACGCUUUAUCUGCGCAUGAACCCACCACAUUCACCAACAUCUCUAGCCAAAGCUGGAGUAAUGACUGGAGCAACAGUGUUCAGUCUGACACUGAGUCUGUCUCGGUGAUGUCAUUGGCGGAGACUAGCCAGCGAGCGCAGGGCACCCGGGGGCGUCUGUAUGCCACCGCUGGCAGCAGAGACUUAAGUGCUCAUCCAAAGAAGGGCCGAGACAGACCAAACUCCGACAGGGACUUGCCUUAAUGACAAG